GGUACUUACCCAAGCACACAUCCUCACACACCGACCACCGAGACAUUGCCACAAACACGUUUCCGCGCCAAUAUAAUUUACAACACUUACGAUAGCAUCACAAGAUUCACGCAAAUGCCAACAGAACAGCAGCUGGGUAAGCAACAACAACGUCCAACGCCUACAGCUGUUCAGACUAUUUCGAGUGGAACAGGUCAACAGCACUUGGCGGUGAAUGUUAAAGGUGGUGAAAAAUAAAAGGAGACAACAGGGAGCAUAAUAUCGAGGGAGCGCAAUAACAGCGCCAAGCGAGGCAGCGCUAACAGGAGCAGCGCCGUGGGAGCAUUAUCGGUGGGCGCUUCGACCACGCUACUGACCAGCAGCAGCGCCGCUAAUAUCGCGGGCAACUCUCUUGGGUUUUUUGUUUGAAUAUUUUUUGUUGCUUGAAUACCUUGCUUACGUUCUCUUAAGUUAUCGCAUAAAGUUUUUGUUACCUUUUGUUAAUUUCUCAUUUAGACAGCCACAUUCCUUUGCUUUAAAUUCCGUUGGCGCCGGAGCUUGGCAGUUUAAAUAUAUACAAACAUAUAUUUACAUACAUAUCUGGAUAAGCGAAGACGCAUAUAGACAUACAUAUGUAUGUACAUAUAUGCAUAUACAUACAUACAUAUAUGAAUGUGGGGGUGUAAAUAAGCGCGCGUAUAUUAGUUUUCUAGUUUUCUUGUCUUCGUUUUUUGAAACUUCA